AUGACAACUGCUAGAAAAGCAAGUAUUACAAUCAAGUGCAAGGCUGCAGUAGCUUGGGGACCUGCUCAACCACUAAGCAUUGAAGAAGUUGAAGUAGCACCGCCCGGGAAAGGAGAAGUUAGGGUUAAAAUUUUAGCGACUGGAGUUUGUCACACAGAUGCCUAUACACUUUCAGGCAAAGACCCCGAGGGAGUAUUAUGGCCUAUAAUUUUAGGACACGAAGGGGGUGGUAUCGUUGAAUCAAUUGGAGAAGAUGUUACAACAGUUCAACCAGGAGAUCACGUGAUACCUUUGUAUAUUCCCGAAUGUCGUACAUGUAAAUUUUGUAAAAGUGGAAAAACUAAUCUUUGUUCUAUAGUGAGGGCUACUCAGGGACGUGGAUUGAUGCCGGAUCAAACGACUCGAUUCACAUGCAAAGGUCAAAAGGUUUAUCAUUAUAUGGGCUGUUCUACCUUUUGUCAAUAUACAGUAUUGCCGGAAAUAUCCAUUUCCAAGAUCAAUUCCAAUGCGCCAUUGGAUAAAGUCUGUUUACUUGGUUGUGGAAUCACCACUGGAUAUGGUGCUGCCGUAAAUACCGCAGAUGUUCAACCCAACUCUACAGUCGCAGUAUUUGGUUGUGGUGGUGUUGGAUUAUCUGUUAUUCAAGGUGCUGUUGCACGUAAUGCACGUCAAAUUUUUGCCGUUGAUACUAAUCCAAAGAAAUUCGAAUUUGCCAAAAAAUUGGGAGCCACUGAUUUUAUUAAUCCUACAGACUAUGAAAAACCUAUUCAACAAGUAUUGGUCGAAAUGACUGAUGGAGGCCUUGAUUACACCUUUGAUUGUACUGGUAAUACAGGUGUUAUGCGUGCUGCGCUUGAGGCAUGCCAUAAAGGAUGGGGCCAAUCUAUUAUUAUCGGUGUAGCUGGUGCAGGUGAAGAAAUAUCUACACGACCAUUUCAACUUGUAACUGGCCGUGUUUGGAAAGGAUCAGCUUUCGGCGGUGUUAAAGGAAGGAGCGAAUUACCUGGAAUUGUCGAAAAUUAUUUGAAUAAAAAAUUAGAGGUUGAUAUGUAUGUUACUCAUGAAUUUAAAAUUGAAGAAAUCAAUAAGGCCUUUGAAGCAAUGCAUGAGGGAGAUUGGUAA